AUGAGGCUGCUCCUGGUGCUGCUGCUCCUGGCUGCCGUGUGUGCCACCCUGGCCCGGGCCCUGCACUGCCACGUGUGUUGCGGGCAUGAGAACUGCGAGUCUCUAGUGGAGUGUGCCCUGACGGACAAGUACUGUGUGAUCACGCGGGCCACCAACCCUGGUGGCAUCCUGGUCAUGAAGUCCUGCGCCCCCCUCUGCCCCAACAGCACGGUGUCGUCCGACGGCCGCGCCCUCUCCGUCUCCUGCUGCCAGGGCAGUCAGUGUAACCGGAACGCGGCCUCGGGCCUGGCAGGCAGCCUCGGGGCGCUGUGGGCCGGCGUGUCCGCCAGCCUGCUGUGUGCCCUGCUCCGCGCUGCCUGGUGA